GGUACAAUACUACACUGUUUCAUACGUCUGUGAUGACGUUUUUCCACCGCCGGCCUGCUGAAACUUUCUUGUAGUCCGCAAUAAGCCUCGCAAACCAGCACCGCAUAUAACCGGCAAUACCACUGUCUCUGAUUAAAUGGCCUGAGCCAGGGGCGCGCAGGGCGGUGUUUACCGUCACUUGUCAAAAAGCGGAAAUGGGAAAAGGCGAGAUUCCUCGAGCCCGGCGAGCUGAAUGGAGCCUUGCGGAGCUGUGCUCAAUAGCAUACGCGCACGCCCACGUCGGGAACAAGUGGGCACUCAUUGCCAAGCACUUCCGCUCGCGCUCCGACUACGACAUCAAAAACAUCUUCUACAGCACUCUGCGCCGACAAAACCCCACGCACUCUAGCCUGGGCCUGUGGACCUAUGCCAAGCUGGUCGGGCCCACGUGUGCCGACAAGGCUGCGCGCCUGCGCGCGCUUGAGACCGCCAAGUCCGCUUCCGAAAGCGCCGAUAUCAUGGCCGCAGUCGCGCUUGUGCAAGGUGCCGAGGGCAGCGGCGGCGAUGGCGGCGGCGACAGCGCGGCGGGCACCCCUGCAGCCGCGGAUAGCGCCGCGGAUGGACCUGCAGGCUCGACAGCGGCGGCGGGCGGUGACGCCGGCGGCGGCUCUGACGGCGGCGAUGGCGGCGCCGACUGCGGUGGAGACGGCGGCGGCGAGGGGCCGGGGGAGGGAGACGGCGCCGCUGACUCCGCGGGUGGUGGCGCGGCAACCGCCUCCGACACGCCCACGCCGCCGGGACCACCCCAGGGCGAGCCGUCGCCACUGCUGGCAGCGGCGGCCAGCAGGGCCGGGCAGACCAGCGCCUGCGGCCGAUGGGUCAUCCUGAGAGACGUGGGCGCGCUGCGUUUCGUCACGUCGGCCGAAAACGCCGCAGCAAUGCGCAGCAGCGGCAGGGCCAGCAGCGGCAAAGCCGCCACCAGCAGGGCUGCCGGCGACCGGGCUGCGGCUGCGGCAGUGGCUGCGGCUGCUGCUUCCGUUGCCUCUCAAGCAGAAGCUGGCGGCGCUGCAGGCGCGGGUGUGGGCCUGAGCGGCCCCGGCGGCAGCGUGGAGGGCAGCGGGGCAGCUGCAGCUGCUACGGCUGGUGCGGGUGGUGUGGCUGGAGGGAGCGGCCGGGCUGCCCACAGCAACCCCGCCGGCGGCGCUCCCUCGACCUCUGCGGACACAGCGGUGCCUGCAGGCGCCGCCGGCAGCGCGCGCCCGAUGCUGCUGCCGCGCGCCAGCUCGGUCUCCCAGCCCUCCGCAGCCGCCGGCGCCGCCCGCUCCUCUGCGGAUGCCGCGGCCGACGGCGCCGGCGCGCCGCUGCCGGCCCGGGCCUCGGGGGCGGCUGGGCCGUACCCCGGAGGUCAGGUCGAUGUGCUAGCCCCGCCGGCGCCGGCCAUGAUAACGCUGGGGGUGAUGUCGGAUGAGAUGCUGCAGUGGCUGGAGGCCCAGAUGCGGCCACCGAGUCAACUGUUGGCGCAGGCGGCGGCACAGGCGCAGGCGGGCAAGCGCCGGGUAUCGCCAAACUCGGCCGACGGCGACGAAGCGGCAGCCGCCGGCACCGAUAGCAGUGCUCAUGCCGUCGCCACCAGCACCACCACGACCACAACCACCACUGUCAUGGCCACUGCGGGAGGCCGGAAGAAACGCAGUCGCGAGAUUGCUGACCUGAUGAAGGUGCAGCGGCAGCAGGCGGAGGCCGAGCAGCGGCGGCGGCAGCGGCAGCUGGAGCAGGUAGAGCUGCGGGCGGUGGCGGAGGCGCAGGCGCAAGCGGCGGCUCAGGCCCAGGUGGGGGUGGCGCAGGCGCAGGCAGCGCAGAGGGCGCAGGCGGCGGUGCAUGAGUUGCUGCUGGCGCGCGGUGGCUUCAGCCUGGCAGACCUGGGGGGCGCGGCGGCGUGGAUGGAUGCGCCCAUGGACACUGACGGCAUGGGUGAUGGAGAGGUGGGCGGAGGGCGGCGAGGCAUGGCCGGCGGCGGCCAAAGCCCGGGUGCGCUGGCGGCGGCGGCGGUGCUGAGGCGUGUGACCCUGCACGGGUCGCUUGGGGCGGCGGUGGCAGCGACCGCAGACGACGGAGCGCAGUUGCAGGAGGAAGAGGAGGAGGAAGGGCGGCGGCAGGGCCAGGGGCAGGGGCAGGGGCAGGGCCAGGGCCAGUCGUCGCGCCUGGCCGAAGAUGAGCUGCGGCAGCUGCUGAUGGGGCUGCAGCGGCAAGGCAUGCAGCCGCAGCCUCAAAAGCAGCUGCAACAGCCGCAGCAGCAGUCGGACCCAUUAGCAAGGCCGCAGCAGAUGCCGCAGCUGCCGCAUCGGGUCCAGUCCCACGUCACACGCCGCGCGGCGGCGCGCGCGGCACUACUCGUGGCCACCGCGGCAGCGGAGCAAGCCGCCGUCGCCGCCAGUGUCGCGUCCUCCGCGUCCCGUGAAGCGGAAGCCGCCGCGCAGGCGGCCGCUGCUCUGGCCAGCGAGGCACAGUUGGCCGUGGAGGCCCUGGAGAACGAGGAUGUUGCGGCCAGCGGCGGCGCCAACGCUUCGCAGUACUGGACUGCAAGCGAGAGGGCCGAGGCCGCCGCCGCCGCGGCGGCUGAGGCUGCCAGGACUGGCAUCCGCGCCAGUGCCCGUGCGCAGGCGGCAGGGGCGUUGUCUGUUGAGCAGCUGCAGCGGCUAGUGCUGGAUCGGCAGCAGGAGCAGCUGCUACUGCCGCGGGGAAUGCUACUGGCACAGACGCAGCGCUGGCAGCGUGACCAGGGCCGCAACCGGGAGGAGGUGCUACAGCCUGAGUCGCAGUAUGUGGAUCAGCUGCUACUGCUUCAGGCGCUGCAGCAGCAGCAGUGGCUGCAGGAGCAGGAGCAGGCGCCGGCCCAGGAGCCGCUGCGGGCUCAGCAGCGGGAGUGGGACCUGCAGCUGUGGCCUUUGGAGCACAUGCAGCUCCUGCAGCAGCGGCUGCACAGUGAGCAGCAGCAGCAGCAGCAACAGCAGCAGCAGCUGCAGCAGGGGUCGUUGCUACAAAAGCCGCCGUCGCUGGGCCGGCAUGGCGGCCCGGCGGCACGCGAGGCAAUGCCCUCUGCAGCUGCAGCUGCUGUUGUCAAGGCGGCGUCAACAGCAUGUGCGGAUGCGGAGAAGCUCACCGGCGCGCCCUUUGUCGGCUUGUCGGCUGGGCCGGCCUCUGAGCGCGAGGCCACGGGCGCGCCGGGCACAGGCGGCACGAAGGCGGCGGCGGCGGCGGCAGCGACUGCGAAGGCGGCGGCGCGGCCGGGCGCGGAGGCGGCGGCGGCGCUGGCUGCAGCUGUGAGGACGGCACUUAAGGCGGACUGGGCGGGCGUGGCUUAGUUGCUGAUGUGUGUGUGUGAGAGAGAGAGAGACAUGUGCAAGAGUGCGGCACUUGCCUGCCUUUGGAGACACAUAGCAGGCUGGUGGGAGCAGCAAAGGCGCACGAAAAACCUGGCUUCAACGCAACGAACACAACACGUGAGGCGCAUCGUUA